AGUGGGGCAAUGGGGGGGGGGUGUGUCCCCAAGUCCCGUGUGGCUACAUUGUGAGUUACAAAGAAACAAAAGCAACUGUGCGAAGAAGCGAGUGGCGAGACAAAGAAUCGGGGAAUCGGGCAGCGGACGCGUGUUCUCUCCGGCAGUGAGUGGCGACGCAGACCUUUACUAUAAAUUAUGAAUAAGGACAGGGUAUUUCGGAAGCUCUUUGUGGGUGGGUUACCGUAUCACAGCAAUGAAGUGUCUCUCAGGCGGCAUUUCCAGCGGUUCGGCGAGAUUGAGGAAGCAGCGGUGAUAACCGACAAGUUGACCGGGCGAUCCCGAGGAUACGGGUUUGUCACCAUGGCAGAUUGGGCUGCAGCAGAGAGGGCAUGUAAGGAUCCCAAUCCCAUCAUUGAUGGAAGAAAGACUAACGUAAAUCUUGCUUAUCUUGGGGCCAAGCCACGCACUGUACAUUCAGGAAGUCUUGGCCUACAACAAGUUCACUCAGCUCUAAUGCAGAGACCUUACGGAGUUGGACCAUACCUGAUCCCACAGACUAUCCUUCAGCCUGGCUUGGUUCUUCCCUCCACCUCGUACCUGGAUUCCAAUGUAGCCUUAUAUCCACAGUAUCCUGCAUAUGAACAUCUCUACCCAGUUUCUUCUCAUUAUCCCAAUCCUGGUUACACCUACACAGUGCAACUUCCAUUACAGACUGGAAUUCCGAAUUUAAGCCAAGGUCAGCAUGAGCCAACAAUAUUACACACAGCUGGUCUUCAGAGACGAUAGCGUUGUGGUUGCUUUCAUGUAGCAUUGCCUGAAUUCAAAGGAACUUCUAAUAUUGCUGGUUCCCAUGUAAGCUGUACCAAUUGGACCUACUGCCAUUGUAUUGGUAUUAAGAAUAGUACUUUUAAAAUUUUCUUACAGAAAAAUCAUCCAAAGUAGAGGAAAGUCCCAGAAAUUGUUAUACCUCCCUGGUUCAUUUCCUCUUUCUUACCUGUCCCUCCUUCCGAGACUCCUGGAAGUAAAAUCUUUUGUCUUUCUGAUCAUUGUUGCCUUUCCCAUCUGAAAGGUAGAAGUCAGCAUAGAAGGGUUUUGUAUUGGAAAUGUAUUUAUUAUCUGGCACAAAACAAAGCUAUAGGGGUUAAGUGGGUAACCAACCACUAGACCAGUGUCAGCUAAUACCCGUAAAUGCUGAAAGGAAAUUUGAUGUCACUCAAACUGUAAAAUCAGUGACUGACAAGUGGGGAAAAUGUAAUAUUUCUACCAUUGUAAUCUGAUUAAGUUCUUUAAUAUUUGUAGAAGUCUUUCAAAUGCUUACAUGCAGAUACAGACCUCAAUGUUAAGGGAUUGUUACAUUGCAAUUCCAUGCUUUACUCAGGAUUUUUAUAGAAUUGGAACUUUAUACUUUGACCAGAAUUUCUAUGUCAUGAGUGGAAAGAUUUUGGAAUCUGCCAUGCAUCUCGCCAGUCCACAGUAUCUGGUAUCUGAAAAAUAAAGCUGAGGUAAUUUAUGAAAUUAAGCAAUCGAUCAAUACAGUUUAUUUACUUCUAAGUAUUUGCAACAGAAAUCACUGAAUGCUAAAUAUCUUUUUUGCUCUGAAUAAUAAAUUACCCAGUAAAUGGAAUAUUUAUAAACCUAGUUAACCUGUCAUUUUUAAAAAAAUAUUUGCUAGGGAUGUACAAAAUGUCAAUUUCCCACAUACAUGCAACUGUAUGAAUUUUAGUGUACAUUAUUAGAGAUAACUGAAUGCAAAGUGCUGCCAGUGCAAAUAUCUAUCAACCUAAUCCCUAAUCCCUCAUUCCAGUAGAAAGUGCCAACCAUAUCUGGGCUAUGUUGUUUGGAGAAGGUAAGAUGAUGUCUACUGGAAACAGAAAACCAUUGCAUCGUUUUGUAAUACUGGUCCACCCUCGGGCUUUUGAAUGUCAUUACAUUCUGAAAUAAAUUCUGGAUAGAACUUUGUACCAUGGAAUAUAAAGAAUCAUAAUGGCAAAAGUG